CACUGCUGGCUCAUGUCCAGCUUCUCGGCUACCAGGACCCUCAAGUCCUUCUCCACAGGGCUGCUCUCAAGGGGUUCUUUGCCCAGUCCGUAUAAACACCUGGGAUUACCCUGGCCCAAGAGCAACACCCUGCACUUGUCCUUGUUGAACCUCACUAGAUUCACACGGGCCCACUUCUCCAGCCUGUCCAGGUCCCUCUGGAUGGCUUCCCUUCCCUCCAACGUAUCGACUGCACCGCUCAGCUUGCUGUCACCCACAGAUUUGCUGAGGGUGCACUCGAUGCCAUCGAGUUUAUUUAUUAUGCGCCGUUUAUUUAAAAAAAAAUGUAUUAAAGAGUGAAUUACUAUAGUAACUGUAUUUUUAUUUAAGAGACUGUUGGCUAUCUUGCUCCACUGUGCAGAUACAGAAGCAGUGCCAAACAGUGAUACAGCUGUUGCAGUAAAAUGAAAGGUCACUCUGCAGGUGAUCUCCAGACAUACCUUCAAAACUGAGCCACUCUGUAUAUCCGAUGAAUAUAUUCUUAGUUUAUAAUAAUGCCUUUCUUGUGGCAAUAUUAAUGCUUGGUAGGAAACUAACCACAUACACCGUCAAACCUUACACAGCCAAACUCUUUCAGUCAGUUUCCUAUCACUCAUCUCUGUAUCAAUGCUGUAUCCUUCUGUUUGUUAUUUUCAUUUGUUUACUAGCAGACAAAAUGUGUUUGAUUGUUAUGAAUUACUGAAUUUAAAAUGAGAUGAAAAGAGUGUCCAAUGUGAAUAAAAUAGAAAAAAUAGCAUAGCUCCAUAAAUAUCGAAGAUCUAAAAAUAGAAAUAAAAAAUUUUAUCUCGGUAAGAAAUCAAUAAAAAGAAAAUAAAAAAAAAAUAUGAUAGCACCAGACGAUGUAAAGCAAUUCAAGGAAAUUCUAAGAUCGUUACAUCACAGAGUAAUAGAAUAUUGUUGCCGGCAGGUCGAAGGAGGCAAACCUUCCUGCCCGCUCCAUGGCCAGCAGCAGGCACCUCACUGCACUGCCUGCAACAGCCGCCAUCUUGCUUGGGUGCCGAGGGCCCACGCCCUCACCCCUCUGUGUGGUAGUGACUACCUCACAGAGCGUGUCGCAAAGCGGCCAUUGUGACAUAAGCAGCCAGGAGCAGGUUAGGCCAGGCCAAGCUCAGACCGUGGGUCAGUGCGACCUGGUGAGGUGAGGAGAGAGGGCAGGGAGCCAGGGGCUGCCUGGGGCUGCUCAGUGAGGAGGGGUCCCCACGCCCUGGGGGCCUGAGCUGCUAACUCAACUCUCGUCCUGCUUCUCCCUCAGAGUCGGCAGAGGAGAGUGUGCAGGAGAAAGCCCAGCGCUGACUGGGCAGGGACUCCAAGCGCUCAGCGUCGACGUGUACCAUGUCCAAAAGGAAGGAGAAGACCUCCCACUCGGAGGAGCAAGGUGAGAGCAAAGUAUCCCUGCGUGCAGCUCCCUGCCGGGCAGAGGGGUACUGCGGGGUCUGCCUGUGUCUGAGAGGGGAGGCGGGGGCAGGCAGGGGCUCCCCAGACACUGCUGGGCAUGGCCCCUCUGCUCCUCAGCCAGCUUGGCCUGCGCGUGCCUGCCGUGACUGUUGGGCCUACCGUGGCCCUUGUCCCCCUCGCAUCUUCCAGCCCUGCCCCUCAUCCAGCAUGGCAGGCACAGUGCAGGCCCCAGGCAACAGUCCUCGGGGACACUCGGUACUCACUGCUGCUUCUAUCGGCUCUCUCCUCUUCAGUAUGCAUGCUGUGUCGCCGAGCAGACGUUCACCCGGACAUCUGCGGGCCCACCCUCAGCGAGAGCGGGCUUUGCGUCCACAAGUUUUGCUUGUUUUUUGCCAACGGCCUGUAUGAACACACUGCCCUCCAGAGGGCAGUUCUCAAGUUCCCCCUUGAUGCCAUCAGAUGCACAAUCGAGGAGGCAGAGCAGAAGCACUGCUUCGUUUGUGGAGAGAAGGGGGCCUCCAUCUGCUGCGCAGAGACAGGCUGUGAGCGUAGCUUUCAUCUGCCCUGUGCCACGGAUGGCGAAUGCGUCACGCACUUCUUUGGGAGGCACAGGUCCUUCUGCUGUGAGCACCGCCCUCAGCAGAUAGUGGAGGCAGAUCCAGAGCCUGACACAGCCUGCAUCAUCUGCCUGGAGCCCGUGGGGGACAAAAAGUCCUACCACACCAUGGUGUGCCCAGUGUGCAUACAGGCCUGGUUCCACCGGAGCUGCAUCCAGGGACAGGCCAUGAGCGCUGGCAUUCUGCGCUUCCAAUGUCCCGUCUGCAGAGACAGGAUGCAGUUCCGGACGCAAAUGCACAUCCUCGGGAUCCAAAUCCCAGCCAGAAGACCAACAUGGGAGGACAAGGAGUCCUAUGAAAAGCUGUACGAGAUGCACGGGCUCUGUGAUGUCAGCGAGUGCCUGUACACAGAAGGCAGGGAGCAAGCAGAGGAAGAGGGGCCCUGGGAGCUGCUCGUUUGCACCUCUUGUGCUGUGCAAGGCACCCACCGGCACUGCUCCUCCUUGAGCGAGAGCAUAACAAGCUGGGAGUGUGACAUCUGUGCUGGCGUGGGCACAGGUAAGAGGCAAACAGCCGUGUACUGCUGGCUUGGGGCCAGGCAAGGCCUGGCAGCGGGUCCUCAGAGCGGCUUUGCCAGAGUUCCUCUGCCCCUGGACGGAUGGGAACCUCGCCCACCAUGGGGCUGCCGGGUCAUCCGGCUGACCUUCCUGCCUCUCCUUACAGCCUCCAGUGACGAGCCGCAGCUUGCUGGUCCCAGCACUGCCAGCCAGGAGGCAGAGGGGCCAUCUCCUAGCUCCCCAGAACCUGGCAACCACAGAUCCGACUCCACCAGCAAGGCAGCAUCGGAGUCACCCUGUGGUUCUCAGCUGCCUAAGCGCAGCAGCCUGUCCAGCCAGCCCAGGACAGGACAGAGCAAGAGCCGCGGACAUACAUCUAAGCAGCACCAAGGACACCAAGGGAGCAGCCCUACACCAGCUCCAGGUGCUGAGAGCAGCCCCCGCGGAUCCACCAGCAAGCGGGAAGUGGGGUCCUCCAGAAAUUGCCCAGCGGCUGAACGCAGAAGGCAAUCUGGGCAGCAGGGCACAGGCCGGACAAGAAGCCGCUCUCCGCUGAAGGAUCGUGCCUCCAAUUCCCCGAGCCAGCUCAGAAGAAAUCCUGGCAGCAGACGUAGUGCAGCCUCAGCUACUGUGAGCGGCAGACGUACUGCGGCCUCAGCUACUGCCAGCGGCAGACGUACUCCAGCCCCAGGUGCUGAGAGCAGCACGCACACCUCUGGCAGCCGGAGGGCAUCCAGGAAUUCCCCAGGGGCUGGAAGCAUAAGAUGCCACAAAGAGCAAGGCACAAGCCGGAGACAGAGCCAAUCCUCCCUCCAAGGUCCGGCAUCAAAUUCCUCGAGCCAGCCCCGAGGACGCCGUGGCAGCAGGCUUAGUGCUGAGAGCGGCUCCCAGAGCUCUGGCAGACAGGUGACAUCCAGGUCCUCCAGGGAUUCCGCGCUGCCUGAACACAGAAGGCAUUCCCAGAACCAGGAACGAAGCCGUUCCCCGCGGGAUCGUCGGGCUUCCAAUUCCCCAAGACAGUCUGGAGGAAGCCAGAGCCGCAGUCCCAGGCAGCGGCGGCCAUCUCAGGCACGACGCCACUCCCAGAACCAGCCCUGA